AUGAAGACUUCUUUUGCUACCAUUGUCCUCUCCCUCGCCGGUGCUGCCUUCGCCGCUCCCGCCGCUGGGUCUGGACCCUACCCCUACAGCGUGGACAGCCUUACCGUCAAGCAUACCACUGAGGACAAAACCUGGCAUAUGGUGCUUGGACUUACAUACCGUGAUGACUCGGCCCAGGCAAUUGAAAGCACCACCUGUUAUGCCUCUUGGGUUGAUGGCGCCGAUCCUUCCGGACCUACCAGCCCCAAGGCUUGUGCAGACCCAGCAUUCACCUUCUGGUUCCCCAAUGGCGUUGGCAACCUGGAUAACUACGACGUUCUCGCCAAUGGUCCCGAGGGCACAGCUGGGGGUAACAUCGCAUCUGGUCCCAAGUACCAGUGUGGCCCUUACGAAGGCCACCUUGACAAUGUCGACAAAGAAUGCAAGAUCACUAAUGGUGGACAAUUCUACCUCAAGAAGCAGUGA